GAAUCGGUGUUGGAUUAUUCCGGUCUGUUCUUCGGUGUGUUUUCGGGGUUAGCGGCUGCAGCAGCUCGUUGUUUUUUGCCUUUCUUGCAAAUAUUCGUCUCCACAAAACCGGUGAAAACGUUCACCCACAUUUCUGUUGAAUACUCAAACACCGAGCCCGACAGGAAGCAUGUCCACAGCCCUGGAGAGCUACAUCAACCGCACUGUGGCCAUAGUCACCUCAGACGGUAGGAUGAUUGUGGGUACUCUGAAGGGCUUCGAUCAGACCAUCAACCUGAUCCUGGAUGAGAGUCAUGAGCGGGUGUUCAGCUCCAGUCAGGGGGUGGAGCAGGUGGUGCUCGGUCUCUACAUCGUCCGAGGAGACAACGUAGCCGUGAUCGGGGAGAUCGACGAGGAGACCGACUCCACUCUGGAUUUAGGAAACAUCAGAGCCGAGCCGCUCAACUCUGUCGUCCACUGACCCUCUGAUCUUUGACCUCCGACCCCUGCUGUCCUCCUGCUGUGUCGUUGUUUCCACAGCAACAGGAGGAAGGUGACAGCAUAACUCGCGCCGUGUCCGAACUCGCUCCCUCAUUUGCUCAUUCACUCCUCUCUGAGAGGCGCUCGGCAGUUCUCUCAGUAACCAGCAGUAAAUUCAUUUGUCACCGUCAUUUUGUUGUUACUCACCUGCUGAGUCGCACAACUGUAAUAAAAAAGCAGAAGUUGUGGUACAUGACGCUGCAGUGUCUCCUUCCAUUGUCUGACGUUUGUGGACGAAUUACACAAGAUAAAUUCACACACUGAGAAAACACGACGAAGUGAUUUCGGACACAGCGUUUGUGUGGAUGGGUGUUACAGGAGGCUGUUUUAACACUGGAUCAGCUGAGACCUCCUCCAGUCUGUAAUAAUGGACUGAAACAACAACAACAGUUUACCCAGUAACAGGCUCCUGUCGUCACGUGUUUCAGUUUGGAUUUUUAUAAAUGAAGACGUGAAUUUUUGCUGGAUUAACUUUUUUAUGCUUCAAGUGUUUUUGUCAGAUUGUGGUUGUUUAAUAAAGUUUCAUUUCUCAGA